ACAAAUGCCACUGUUUUCCUUCAGCUCACGCGCACUGAAUAUGAGCAGAUAGAUACUGAAAAGGAUUCACGCAAGAAUGAAGUCACGCAAGGAGACGCCCCUUUGCCUCUUUAAAACAUAUAAAAGGGAAAUUCUCGUCACAGUGAGCGUUUGCUACGAAUAAGGACCACUACACUCAAACAGCAAAAAUGCUGGCUGGAUUUCAAGGACUGUAUAGCUUGCUGAUAUUCAGUCUAGUACUGAACUUGACAGUAGGUGUAGAUGUUGGCUGUCAAGAUUGGACUCCUUCAGGACAAGUUGAUGUCUGCUGCACGAAAUGUAAACCAGGAAACCACUUGGCAAAAAGAUGUGGACAUGACCCAGCAGAACUCUGUAAACCAUGUGAACCUGGCACUUACGUAACCAAAACUGAUUUCCGCUGUUAUACUUGUACCCAAUGCAUAGGUAUACAGUUUGUGGCUAAAAAUUGCACAAGCAGCAGUGAUGCUGUAUGCGGCUGUAAGCCUGGAUUUCGGUGUGGAGAUGCCAAAUGUUCUUACUGUGUUACUGAAUGCAAGAAAGGAGAGGAGCCCGAAGGCCGUUUAUGUAGACAAUGUCCAGAGGGAAAAUUCAGUGAUAAAAUCCACAGUAUGUGCAAAGAAUGGACAAAAAGCAGUUGUCCAGAUGGAUACAAUCUGAAAAAAGGAAACUUUACCAGUGACAGCACAUGCACUUCACUACAUCCUGCCAAAGAAUCAUUGCCUGUUGUGACAAAUGAAAGAGAUGAGAUGAAUUGGCUUCCAGUUUUGAUUGCAGCAAUGAUAGCAGGGUUGGCUCUUCUUUGCAUCAUAUUAUCAAUGGUUGCAUAUGUUAAGGCACAAAACAAAACAAAAAAGAAGCCAAAAACCGAGCAAGACAAUUCAGAUGACUCUACGAUUAUGGUGGUGGAGCAGGAACACUGUAGUUUUCAUCAUCCUGAGCAGGAACAGGGUGGAAGCUCGCAGUCCAUCAAUACGGAAAACUCAGAGUCCAAACUCAUAGUGUGAUAUGACUGAGGCCUGUUGCACAAACGAGUUGAAACUUCAUGGUAAAUUUCUGGUUGACAAAACAAAAUGGGUUAAAAUAAGGUUAAGCUGUAUCACAAAACUUAAUCUCGGCUAACCCAGGGUUAGAGCUUGUGAUUGUCGGUGUAUCCCACCCUCUGAAGCCGCCAUAUUGAAGAGUGGUUCCAAACUGAAGUGUUCAAAGCUGGCCACUUCAAAAGGGUCCUCCGAAAUGAAGGAUUUCAAAGGAUAUCGGGCCCUUAGGGACUUGACCCUUUGGGAAAGGAAGUUGUUUGGAGCUGACGUUUGGCUCGAAACUGAGCACAAACAUACGGCAGAACGGCUUUCUGCAACAGGCCUCUGGACAGCAUUGCUACACUAAAACGAAGCUUUUUUUAUUUUUAUAUCUUAAUCUGCUGUUUUGGUGACUUUUGCUCAGUUUAGUUUAGUUUAGUUCAGUUUUUGUGUACUUCAGUGUUAAGGGUGCUAAUUUUGUCGACAGCGAAGUAUGCAUACAGCACGUGAACAAAGCCUUUUUUAUUGUUUGCACUACUUGGUUUGUCACACUGAACUUCACCGUUGUUUUAUAUUCAGAAGAAAAGAUAAAAAAUUAACUGCAAACUACUGAAAAAAAAAAGUUAUUUUCAUGAUUACUUAUAAAAUAUAUUUUGUGGAUAUAUGUACAUGAUUCAUUUGGAGAGAAAAUACUCAAACUCUGCAGAUGGGUGUUUAAUGCAAGUGUUGAGUAGCUGUGUUUGCGCACUAUCAAUCGCAGUAUACAUUGAAAGACAUUUGGCUUGUACACUAGUGUAUGUAUACAAUGAAUGUGUCAAAGCACACAAAGGGGUUUUAACUUGUUGAGGCUGAACUUCUGAAGUGUGGUGCACCUUAAAAUCUCAGAGAUCAGAGGUUUUAAUGUAGGUGUGCAGUAGCAGACAGCAUGUCAACACUUUUAAGAGAGUAGGUGUCAUCUACUGGUGCUUGCAUCACAUUUCAGGUUAAAGGCCUCUUGAAAUACCCUGGUGGGCUUUCCCAGUAUUCUGAUCAAAACAACACUUUUUUUUGACCCCACAAAAAAAAUUGAGAACAGAAAAGAUUGUGGGUAUUUUAUGUAACUUGUUGCGCUUUUCAAAUUGUGUGUGAGUGUUUUUUUUAAUUCAGUUGUAUGUCUGGGAAUUGGUUGGUAAAUGUGGUUGACCUCAUGUCUUGUACAAAGUGCACUGAAGAAACAAUAGAUGACCUCAUCAAAAUGUACAGCAUUGUGUUAAAAAAUUUUGUAAGCAUAUCUUAGGAUUUAACAUUAAACUAAAUGACAGAAUCACAAGUUUUCAUUUUAUUCAUUCAUUCACAGCUCAGACUUUACGAUGGGUUAAGAAUUAAUGUUGGGUAUUUUUUGAGUGUUCACACCCAUACAUCUGUAAAUUCCUGGUUAUUAUUAAGUUAUUAUUUGCAUGUUUGUGAAUGAACAAAUGCAGCAUGCAACCUUUAAAGGGCACCUAUUUUACCCCUUUUUCAAGAUUUGAAAUAAGUAUUUUGUGUCUCCAGAACAUAUCUGUAAAGUUUCAGCUCAAAACACCCAUCAGAUUAUUUAUUAUAUCUUUCAGAAUACUGAAAUUAUCUGCUCUGAAUACACUGUAGCUGCUUUUGUUGUGUGUGCCUUAAAUGCUAGUUUUCCCUGCCCACCGUUCUCACAUGACUGUCAGUGUGUGCCUCAAUCUCUGCCUGCUGCGUCAGAUAAACAGCACAGUGACAGACGUGAAGGAAGCAGAUCUCACGUAACGUUUGUGAGAAAUACUACAGUAAGAACUUUCCCAAUGAUUAUUUGAUGUGUUUGUUGUGGAGUUAAUUCAAGCUUUUCUGCAAUGAUGAGUCACACACGAUGUCGUUACAAAGUUCACGCACACACACGUUUAAUUUUAAACAGUUUUUGCUCAGCAAAUGUGACAGGAUACACAUUAAUAUCCGUCGCUGUAUGGAUAUCCGUUAUGUUAAUGUAAAAAAUGAACCUGAUUUAACAUCCACAAA